GAACAGUGUUCUGAGUUCACAGCCGCUAGCCGGAUACUAAUUUACUACCUAAUACUAAUAGCUGGAGCAGCUGUAGGCAAAUGUCGCCUGUAGUCACCAAAGUGUCACUGCAGAUCCCCGCCGAGCCAGUUGAUCAACAGCUCCAUGCUUUCAGGUUUGCAGACACAUAAAAAUCAUGAGUUGGAUCGUACCGGCCAUCAAGCAGGGCCCUGGGCCAGCUGCCCAAGGCGGCCAUGCGAUGGCGGCAAUUGGGAGCACACUGGUGGUGACAGGAGGGGCAAACAGAGGACCAAAAAUGCUUGCAGACACUUGGCUUCUGGAGACAGACCAAGAGCCCUAUUGUUGGGAAGCGGCCUCCCCGUCUUCUUGCAGCGGUCAAGCAAACACGUUCGGCAUUGAGCGGCCGGCCACUUCUCUGGACGCACGAACUGGAGCUGCGAUUGCUGCGGUGGGAGAGCGUGUAUUCUUGUUUGGAGGCUAUGAUCCGACUAUUGGAGCAGGUUUUAAUGACGUGGCAUGUUUUGAUCUUGAACAUCGACAGUGGUCCUCGGUCGAAACGCUAGGAAAAGCGCCCCCCCCGACGCAUUCCCACUCAGCAUGUUACGUGCCCCCGCAAGCCGACGACUGUCACAGCGGCACUGUCCUUCUCUUUGGAGGAGCCACAGAAGAGCGCUGUUCGAAUCAGCUGCACGUCUUCGACCCCGAUACUGCCACGUGGCAGCAGCCCACCACCUCCGGCCGCCCCCCCUGCCCCCGCGAGAUGCACUCCGCAACCCUCAUAAGCCGCCACAAAGUUCUCAUAAGCGGGGGCCGCGGCUCGGACGGCCGUGUCCUGUCGGACGGCGCCCUGUUGGAUGUUAACACGUGGCACUGGGAGCCGUGUGAACUGCCCGCGAGCGCGUUUCCGAGGUGCGCGCAUACGCUGACGUCAGCGGCGGGCGGAUGGAAACUGUACGGGGGGUUCACGGGGGAGGACGUGGACGGUCUACUCUUUAGCUUCGAUCCAGAAAAGCUAGAAGCUUCAGUCAUUUGCGACGCCGCUUCUGCCGCCGCGUCCGCUUCUAGAACCGGGUCCGCCACCCCGGCCCCGCGUUUUGCCCACACCGCAGUCUGCAUUCCAAGGCCCGGGAAUCGGUCCCAGGAGGAACACCAAGCGGAUCCUGAAACGCUGCUGUUGGUCUUCGGGGGCGUUAACCCGCUAGAGGACCUUAACGACGUUGUGAUUUGGGACCAGAGUAGAGAAGGGUGCAAGCCAGAUGAGCGACAGGAUGGGUCUCAGGUGCCGCUGUAUCUCGAAGAGGUCGUGAGCUGAACGAAGGAGGAUAACAUCGAGGAAAGAAGCAAUUUGCCUUUGAUGUUUGCAAUUGAACGAUGUUGUCAAUUGAACCGAAUCGCGUGGCCUGUCCGGGGCCGAUCAUGCACAGCAACACUUGCUGUAAACCGAGGUAUGGCACACGUUCAUAGUGAGCGAGGGUCUUCAGUGCGCCUAUCUCGAAGACGGGUUAAAAGCAAUCACCGAUGCGGCCACCUUGCCCAGUUGAGCGUGGUUCCAUGUAACGUCGAUCCAAAUCUCGCGGCUAUAACUUGAUCAUUGAAGAUGUCUAAGCUAGAAACAUGCGCGCGACAAAGGCCCCCAUGGGCACAUUUGAUUGAAGGAGUUAGGCUAGUCUCCUGUUAGCCAAGCUAGGCGAGCUGCACAUAAGUCCAGUGCUAAAGUACGCGCAACCUUCAGAUAAUGAUAGGGCCAGGCCAGCAUUUGUAUUAGUAUACGAGGCGAUCAUGAU